CCCCGCUGCGCCUGUGCUAGCUAACAAUGCAGCACAAUAACCAAGGCGGCCGGCUCUCUAAGAGCUGCCAUGAAGUGAGAGCAAGGAUAAGCAUUCUCAGGGAGAGUCGUCCUUGUUUCUUAUAAUAAUCACUGUGCACCCAACUGCAUUUUACCCCUAAGUCUGGAUAAUAGACCAAGAAGUUGUGCCCUAUGACACAGGAUCGUUUGCAGCAUUCUAUGUCCCAAGAGUCCUGCUGAGGGCUUAACAGCAAUACAUACAGCAGCAGCAGCAUUUGUACUACACUCUCAUUGUCAAGGUACGGUGACAUGUUGUGGCUUCAGUGCUCUUCCAACUCCGGGGUAUGAGAUAUCAAGUGAGAACAUGACGUCUGAGGUGGAGGAAGAGGUCCGGCAUCUGACUGGAGGGUUAUCUGAGCCAAUUGUCAUACAGGAGCUGCUGGAGAGGUUGAGAGAACUAGAGGCAGAAAAUUCCUCUCUUGCUCAAGCCAAUGAAACGCAGAGAGAAACGUACGAGCGGUGUCUGGAUGAGGUUGCCAACCAUGUAGUGCAGGCUCUCCUGAAUCAGAAGGAUCUUCGGGAAGAAUGCAUCAAACUCAAAAAAAGGGUAUUUGACCUUGAAAGGCAGAACAGGGCGUUAAGUGAACUCUUUCACCAAAAGUUGCAGCGUUCUUCAGGAUCUUCACCUGAGUUGCAUCCGCUGCAGGUUUUGUCUGACCCUCAGGGAGGAGACUUGGAUAGGCUUUCUGGUUCCCUUCAUUUUGGGCAAUGUGCUCUGCAGAGAGAGGACAAGCAUCGUCCGAGCAGAGUCCCCUCUUCUUGUCGCUCUCUAGAUGCAAUGUCUCCAUUCCUUCGGAAAAAGGCCCAGAUUUUAGAGGUCCUGCGAAGGCUUGAGGCUACAGGAUCUCAGUCUGGAUCAUCAUCAUCCUGCACUGCUUCAUCAAUGAUUCUUGGGGGUCUGUCAUCGACUGGUGGGAAUGGCCUGCGUGUAGGAUCAGAGCAAAACUUUGAUUACUUGAAUGGAGAUGGCCUAACUUCUCAAGAACUUGGAGGGGAUGAACCCUGGGCCUCCUGUCUUCUGUUGGCUCAAAACAGCUGGGAUGAGUUAUUCAAGUGGAAGCCCAUCCAGAGAGAACCACCAGCUGGAAGCCCUGGUGAAGGAGGAGGAGAGCACCUUGGUUUAGUUUCAGGGGAGGAUACACGUCAGCUAGCACGGCAAGCUGAAGGAAGCUCUUCGUCCUCAGAUGAUGACAUUGGUGAGCCACCACCUCCCCAAAGUGAGAUCAGACAACGCUUACCAUUAACAGACUUAACUAAGGGUUUGGGGCCCUGUCUCUGCUCCCGUGGAGCUGGGGAUAAGAGGGGUCCUGCUGAGGGACACACUGAAUUGACUGGUCUCAGCAGGGGACACAUUGGACACCUCCACUCAUUAACGUGCUAUAGUCGAAGUCUGAGGGAUCUGGUAGAAACUCAGCAUGUAACUGGAUCAACACCGGCAACCACUGAGAGAGCAGACUCUGUGUCUCGGUCUCCAGCAAAGCAGCUGACUACUGAGACUCUUUCAGAUGGACCUUCCAACUCUUGUCCCUCUUCUCCUGGGUGCUCAAAUAUUCAAGGAGAUACAAUUGAAUCAGUCCACAAGAAUUCCGCCCAAGAGACACAUGAAGAUUGCUCCCAGUCUUCAAUUGCUGUUCCUAAUCCUUCUGUAGACUCACAAGAUGCACUUAUUCCUUCUCCUGAGCCUCGAGUACCCCACAUUCCGUCUCCAGCCAAAUUCCUCAAGUUUCUAAAACUCCCGGGCUCUGGGGAGAAAUUGCAGAGUCCCAACCCUCUGCGCCUUAGCCCUCAACUUACCCAAACCUCCAAAAUUCCAUGUCGAAGCAAUAACUAUGAAGCUUUCCCCUCCCCUCGGCUGGGUAGAAAGGUAGCAGAGGAUUUAACUGAACUUGACACUGAGCCACUUUCCCCCACUGAAAUUCUCAAUACUGACAUCAUUAAGCAAGGACAGAGUGAGCAAUCCCCUGGCAGCAUGGUAAUUAAAUCUGGAAUACAGUGCUGCACCAAAAAGUCACAUGAUUAUGAAAAUAUCCCAGCUAUGGCCCCUAGAAAUUCUGAGGUUCCCAGUAUAAAACAGAGUUUUGAGACAAAGAAUGGUUCUUCCCAUUUGGUUGUGGGGGGUUGUUCCUCAAGCUGCCCUCCUGGACGUUGCAUCCACUCUCAAGGGAAUGAGGGCAGUCAUAGUCAGAUAAACAUCCCUUAUAUUCGAAAACCUGUACCUUCCAGAAAACCACCAGAGCCUACUGGACAUCUACCAUUCAGGGAAAGGAUAGAAAAGCUAAGAGCCCCAGAUAACCCACAACCAGAGCUUUCUCUUGAAGGUACAGAAGAUAAUCGGCUUGUAAGUGAUGGUUCUGAUCAACGUCCAUCAAUGAAGAGAUCUGUUGGUGUUAGCAGCCUAAGGACUCCAGAACCUGGAUCCACUGAAAGUUACCCACCAAGAUACCAUGCACAAAAAUUAGAGGCUGCUCGGACUCGUCAGCCUGGUGCCCACUGUGCACCAGGCUCUCCAAAUGGUCCCCGUAACCAAGCUCGGGCACCUCCUGUCCAAAAUAAAUCUGUGCGCAGCCCUCAUGGCAGCCCAACCAAAUUACCUGCAAAGUCCCCAAGCAAGGCGACUGCAAAGCCCUUUGUAUCACGACCCUUGAGUGAGGAACUGAAACCAAGCAUCCGACAGCCAUCAAAUAUGGGUGAAGAGAAGCAGAGGACACAAUCUAAUGCAGGAAAGAAAAGCAGCACUUGUCCAGAGUAUGUUUGUUCUCGUAAUGCAAGUCCACAGGGCACAGAAAGCCAUCCUCUCAGUGCAGCUUUGCAUUCUGCCAUUGAGGAAAAGGUGAUGAAGGGCAUUAAAGAAAAUAUGUUGAAACUGCAGGAACAACAUCGUUCACCACCCUCUGAUCCUAAGCAGCGUAAUUCCAGUGGCAUUGCCAGUUGGUUUGGCUUAAAGAAAAGCAAGCUUCCAGCACUUAGCCGAAGACCUGAGGCUACACGUCUGAAGGAGGAGAAGAGAGAAAGAGCUGGAGGAGGCUCGCCUCGGUCCAGGGAAGUGAAAGGAGAAAGUCUAAACAUUUCUAUGCUGAUGGAGAAAGCAGAAGACCUGCGCAAGGCCUUGCAGGAGGAGAGAGCCUACAUUAACGGCCUGUCAGUGGAAAAAGCUCGCACCUCAACGGUCUCUGGGGAACAACCUCAGAAUCCACGGCCCUUGACUGCUGACAACUUCAUGCAGCAACUUUUAAAUCGGGUGGAUGGAAAAGAAGCCCCACUUGAUGGCCGUCUGGAAGUGAAAACACCAUUAAGGGAAUAUCCCAGAUUAUCUCCAGAAAACAAAGAUGCUCGUCCCUUCCGCACUCCUAGAAAUGGGAUGGUCACUCAUGUGCAACACUGUGAACAGAAGAGCCUGGAGCAGAACAGAGAAGUUCUUCCUCCUGAUGAGAGGCUUUCUGAGUCUGUCACCCCUCAACACUUUGCAGCUUGUGACUCAUUAACCAGGACUUUGGACAGUGGCAUUGGGACGUUUCCUCCCCCAGAUUACUGUGGUGGAACUCCGAGCAAAAGUGCUCCAAAGCUAAAGCCCAGGCUGGAGUCGCCUUCUGUGCUUCCAGUGGGCAAGUUUUCUGCCUUCCCCAAGGUGCCAAGAAGAGCAAGGACAUUGGAAAGGGACAUGCGAAGUAUGGAGGAGAUGUUUCCAUCUGGGCAACACCAAAGUGUUCCAGCAUUCCAUGCACUGCUGACAGAGCCGGAACCUACUGUGGGUCACAGGAUGUACAGAGAAGCAGGCUCCAGCAAGGAUCAUGGGAGGACUCAGCAGGGGAAAAACUGGACCUUCCCCAAUGCCAAGGUCAAUAAUAGCUCCUCAGACUGCUUCAGGACUAGAUCACAUGACCUCGAAGAGGUUCCUUCAGAAGGGGACAGAGAAUGUGAUGUAUCCGGCUAUCCCCACCCUUCCCUCUGCUUUCCUGGCUGUGUGAGCAGCCGUACUCCGAGCACCUCUGAGGUUGGAGAAGAAGGAACAAGUGAAGCUAAAUCUCGAGACAAUGAACAGGGCCAAACCGGGUUGGAAAAUUCAGAAUCCCUAAGCGAUUCCUUAUAUGACAGUUUAUCAUCCUGCGGAAGCCAAGGCUAAAAGAGUAUUACCGUGCUUCAACUAUACAUUACACAACCAGCUAACCUAGCAACUUUAUAAACAAAGGUAAAUAGUGCUGGUUGGCUGUGGGUGCUAUUCAACGUCCUUAUCCAUUUAAUGGCACUGUUGGUUACUCCUAUGAGUUACCUUCUCUUACCCCAGCCUCAAAAAUUCCUAAGUAUUAGCAACAGACUAUAAACUUAUCAUGGACCUCUGCAGAACUGUCUUACCUCUGCCUCAUUAUCUAGUUUGUGGAGAGUUCCAAACCUCUCCUUUCAGUUCCGUCAUUUCUGUGUAUUUUGGCAUUGUUACUUGUUUUCUUUUCCCUUUGUGUCUUUUUGGGUUGCUCCGUUUCUAUGCAUAUUUACCACCAGCAGAUUUGAUGUAAUUCAGUAGAGGACGACUGAUGUAGGGGAAUUCAUGGGUUAAUGGAAUACCUCACUUAGCCACCUCCCUCUGAUGCAUUUCCAGCAACGUGUGGAAAUCUCCAAUUCCAAAGCCGGACUCUCUAGCUUCUAUUUUUUCAUAUAUUUAAGUCUGAAGGCAGAACAAUUGAACAUUUUUCCUCUGCAUAUCUGGAAGUCCCCUGAUAAACCAAGAGUGUGGUCAGAUGUUCUUCAAGGUGUUUUUUUUAACUGUUAUGUUUUUGUUUCUCCUUGUGCUCUGCUUUUAUAUAUUUUUAAUUGUGUAAUGUUAAGUUUUGUUUUUACUAUCCAUUUUUAAUGGGUUUAUUGUGUAAUUGUUUUAUUUUUUUUUAAUGCUGUUGCCCUUAAUAUGGUGCUAUCCAGGAAAAAAAUCCUUGUUGGGUUUCUCCGUCUCUCCAAUUUUUUUAUACCAAUGCUUUUUAUUUUAUUUAUAUAAGUUAUUGUGACUGUUUUCUGCCUCUUUUUUUCUUUGAAGCUAAAAAUAAAAAAAUAUGUAAAAAAUCUUA